AUGGCUUCGAAUUACAUUCAGAAGUCAUCGCAGUACUCGAUGAAUCCUCCGCCGGACCCAACAAACUACAGUAGUUCGGCGCAGAGCACUCCAGGUGAGGGUUACCGUAAUUUUUGGUUUUUUUUUUCAAUUGAAAUUUUUUUUGAAUUUUAAAAAUUUUAAAUUAAAAAAAAAUAUUUUUUGAAAAUUUAAAAAAUUUAAAUAUUUUUUGAAAUUUUUAAAAUUUUUCAAAAUUUCAGGACCAUCCACCUCAAAUAUGUCAUUUGCGAACAAAUUUGUGCUUCCAAAGGCGGCUGCCAAUAAGGAAUUCGUGGUUAGCAACAAAAAUGACAAAAAGUUAACCGCCGUCCCCAAGAAAUCUCAAUUACCUACGAAUCCGACCAGUUCUAUGCCAGUUCGACCGACUAGUGCUGACUCGUGCAAUACUAUCACUCAGUUCUUGAUCAAGUAUAAUGUGGUAAGUAGCCUUACUCGACCGUACCUUAUGCUAUACUACUUUAUCCUAUCCUAUUCUACUCUACCUUGCCCUACCCUACCCUACCCUACCCUACCCUACCCUACCCUACCCUACCCUACCCUACCCUACCCUACCCUACCCCACCCUACCCUACCCUACCCUACCCUACCAUACCCUACCCUUCCCUACCCUACCCUGCCUCGCGCUACCGUACUUUACAAUACCCUACCCUAUUUUACCCUAUCUUACUGUAUCUACCUUACCCUAUCGUUAUCAUCAUACCUUGUUCUACCGUAUAUCUGCCUUACCGUACGCUAUCGUAAGUUGCUUUAUUGUACUUUGCUGUCCCGGAUUCUGUUCUAACGUACUCUACUGUUCUCUGCCCUAUCCUGUCCUGUCCUACCUUAGGGUACUUUGCCUUAUUGUACCCCACCUCACUCUGUCAUGCCCUGUCUUACCGUACCAUACUCUACUGUUAUCUGAACUAUCCUGUCCUGCUUUAUCUUACCGUACAUUGCAAUACCAUACUCCAUCGUACUUUUCCCUGUUUUGUCCUACCGUACCCUACCGCACUCUUCUCUACCCUGUCCUACAGUAGCUCACCGUACUUUACUCUACCCUAUUCUUUUCUACCCUACCCUAUUCUACGCUACCGUACCCUUUUUAGUAGCUUACAGUGAGCUACUUUAAUCUGCCUUGCCUUACUCUAUCUUGUUUUUUGCCUUAUCCUACUCUAUCUUACUCUUAAUUCUUUACUUUACAGAGUAAAGAAGACGAGUUUUCUCGAAAAGCGAUCGAGAGUUUGAUCAAGAAGCUGAAGGACAAACGGGAUGAACUCGAUGGCUUCAUCAACUAUAUAGCCGGGGUAGGAACGACGGUUGGAACGUGCGUGACCAUUCCUCGCACAUUGGACGGUCGAUUACAAGUGGCAGGCCGUAAGGGCUUUCCACAUGUUGUCUACUGUCGUAUCUUCCGGUACCCCGACCUGCACAAGAACGAGCUGAAGCACGUGGACUGCUGCGCCCAUGCCUUUGACCUGAAGACCGAACUGGUGUGUGUCAAUCCUUAUCACUACACCCGGAUAGCCAAUGCGGCGUUGGGACCGCUGGACUUGAGUGCGCUGAACAUUAACAGUUUGAAUGGCGAGGCUAGGCCACGACCGGGGCCGGGCCGACCGCCUGGCAGCUCGUAUGGACCGGCAGCUGCUAUGCAACAGCGAAUGAAACAACAACAGACUAGUCCAGCGAAUAGUGGAAGCAGCUAUCCAAAUGGAGGGGUUAAAGGUAUGGGUUUUGAAAAGAAAUGAGGGUGGAAAGAAAGUUUUUGCGGUUUUUUGAAAAAUGAGGUUUGGAAAGGAAGUUUUUGCAGUUGUGGAAAAAAUAGGUAAAAUAAGAUAGUGUAGAUUACUGUAGAAGUAACGUAGUCUAGGGUUUCUUUCAAAGUGGUAAACGCCUUACUAUAGGGUAGGGGAGGUUCUUGCGGGGGUAUGAUGGGGCUUUUGAUAGGGUAGGGCAGGACAUAACAUAUGAAUAGAGAGCAUACAGUAGGGUCUAGGUAGGGUCGGGUACCGUAUAAAGUAGGAUAAUGUAGCGCGGGGUGGGGUAGGAUAGGGUAGGGUACGGUAGGGUAAGGUAGGGUAGCAUAAGGUAGGGUAUAUCAAAUCACUUCUAUGUAAAAUCUUUCCAGGCUACUCCCAAUACCCACCCCAAGCCAAUGCCCAGUCCAACUAUAAUCGAAUGUCGAUGGACCCAACAUACCAACGGUCCCAACAACAGUCAGUUCAAUAUCCAGAGGGGUACCAACGAAAUGGUACUAAAAGUACUAAUGCAGCCAAUCCAGCUGAUCCUUACUACAAUAUGCCUCAGGUGUCACCGUUAAAGAGCAGUAAGUGGAAAGAAAGUUCUUGCGUUUUUGACAAAAAUGCGUUUUGGAAAGAAAGUUCUUGCGGUUUUUCAUAAGAAACUGUAUUUUCAAAUUUCAGAUGUAAUGGCCUCGCCCACCUACCCCCAGUCCAACUACCUCCCCACAGACCCCCAACGCUAUCCAGCCGGCUAUAACCAGCCGGCUGGUCAGUACUCGAACCAGUAUUAUCCUGGCUACAACUAUCAGUACCCACCUGGCUCAGUAUCGCCAGCACUGACCCAGUCUGGUGCAGCUGGUCAAGCGUCACAGUCCGGACAAAAAAUGGUCGCCCCAGGCCAGAAUUCUAGCCAAACCGGGCCAGCGGCUAGUAAUUUGAAUUCGACUGGUCAGUCUAGCCAAAUGGGGUUGCCUGGCGCGGCUAGCCAAAUGGCUGUAAAUUCUCAAAUGGCUAGCCAAAUGACUGCAAUGGGUCAGACAUCUACCAAACCAGUCCAAGGAAGCGCGGUAGGCCAAACGGCCAGCCAGAUGAGUCAAAAUGCCCAAAUAGCUAGCCAAAUGACCCGUAAUGCACAAGUGACUCCGGGUGCCCAAAUGACUAGCCAAAUGGCUUCAAAUGCUCAAAUGGCUAGCCAAUCUAACAGCAGGCCCCAAAGCGUUCAAAUGGCUAGCCAAUCGAACAGUAGACCACAAAGUGUCCAAAUGGCUAGCCAAAUGACACCGGGCUCUCAAAUGUCAAUUCAGUCCAUGGGAUAUGCAGACCAGUCUGGAGCAUCUACCCCCAAAGCUUAUUCAGUUACCACGCCCUCAUACGGUAACCAAACUCCAACACAACAAACCUACAGUAAUCAACCUACAACUCAGGGUUACGGUAGCCAAACCCCUACCCCACAAACUUACAGUAACCAAGCUACAACUCAGGGUUACGGUAGCCAAACCCCUACCCCACAAACUUACAGUAACCAAGAUACAACUCAGGGUUACGGUAGCCAAACAGCGACAACUCAAGCCUACAGUACCACAAGUGGAGCGGCGCGAGGAUACAGUAAUCAGUACCCAUCAAACUACAGUAAUCAAUCAUCAACCCAAUACCCAGGCCAAGCCACCCCGACUGCUAGACCAGCCCAGUCCAAUACCCAAUAUACUCCAGCUCAGCUAGCCGCUUAUCAAGCAGCCAAAGCUGGCGCGGCUUAUGGUCAAGCUACUCCAGGUACAAACUACAGUAACCAGGCGGGGUACGGUAGCCAGUCUAGCUAUCCUCAGGCUGGUUAUUCGGCUGAUAGCUAUAGUAAUCAAGGUUAUUCGGCUAGCACAGGCUAUGUUAACCAAGCUGCUGGAGCGGCUGCUAAAGGCUAUGGCUAUCCAGACCAAGCGUACGCUAGCCAAGCCAAGUCCGGUCAGUAUAACAGCCAAACUAAAGGAUAUGCAGGCCAGACUAAAGACUACCCAUGCCAGACUAAACAACAAUAUUCAGGCCAGACUAACAUCCCAGGCCAAGCCAAUCAACACCCAGGUCAGUCCAAGGCACAAUACACAGGCCAAACCGGCCAAGCCUACCCCCAGUCCAAACAACAACAACUGGCUUACCAACAAGGCCUAGCUUACCCAGGCCAAGCCUAUGGUACUAAUCAGUACACGGACCAGGCCGGCUAUGUUUACCCCGGAUCGGAACUGAACUAUGCCAAUUAUUACCAACAGUACCUUCAAAGCGCCGAUCCAAUGUUGUAUCAAAGCCCAGGCCAACCCAACCAGCUAGGCGAAAUUGCUUCGCCAGGCUCGUCGAAUGGUAUACCAGUGGUCCAGUCCAAUGAACCGAUUGAAAAGGAUAAAAUGAAGGAACCUAGUAGGUUUUGGGGGGGGUUGUGAAGCAGUCAUAGGUAGGAUUGAAAGAGGUCUUAUUAUGCUCGGCUUCCGGUCGGCCCGGCCCCUACGGGUUAAGUCAUAGGGUUGUCCCUAUUCGCGGCAGGGUAAAAAUUUUUAAAGGCAGGGGUGGGGAUAGCAGUCAAGGUUAUUCAUAUUAAACCUAGUGAGUCUCAGGCUACUAAGCUUAAGCCUAAUAAGCUUAAGCCUACUAAGCUUCAGCCUACUAAGCUUCAGCCUACUAAGCUUAAGCCUACUAAGCUUAAGUUUACUUAGCCUAGGCGUACUAAACCUAAAUCUGCUAAGUUUAAUUUUGCUAAGCCUAAGUCUGCUAAGCCUACUAAGCUUAAUUCUGUUAAUCAUAGGCCUAGAAAACGUGGUUUAUGCUAGUACUGAUGUACCUUUUGUACUGUAAUACUCAUUUUAUAUCACAUUUCAGUGGCCACAAUCGAUGAAUUCGACCUGAUCCUUCACGCCAAGAUCGCCCAAUUCCACGCCGAGGACAAGAAGAAGCUCCAGCAAGAGAAACGAGUCAAUCGCAGCCAGAAACCGGUCCGUGCCCACAACCCAAAACAGCCUGACACAGCACUAAACUACGAAGUACCACACCGUCGUGACCGCUUCCGACCAGCCUUCGAAGUAAAGGGUAUAAAGUUCCAGAAGUUUAACUACAUCACCGGCAGAUCAGCUUAUGAUCAGCCCGAACUCAAGGAAAAGGUGGCUAAACCUCUUGGCCCAACCUGGCUCACCGUCAACUACAAUGAAUACAAUAGUCCUUGUGGUGAACCGUUCACUGCUGCCAGUCGAUUCCCGCAGGUUACGGUUGAUGGGUCGGUGAGAAUCCAUUCAGAAGCUCGAUUCUCUUUGGGAUGCACUUCAAAUGGCAAUCGAACUGAUGUCUCGGCUGAUUGUCUGUAAGUUUUAGCUAUUUUUCUUGUUCAUGUAGAGGGUAGAAAGCCACACGGGUUCGAAUCCGCUUGGGUGCAAAUGAAAAAAAUUGGGCUGUAAAGAAAGUUCUUGCAUGUUUUUUUAAAUUUUGUUUUAAGGGUUGUAUUUAGAAAGGUUUUGGCUCUUUUGUCACAAAUUUUGAAAAAAUUACAGUAAGACCUACAGUAGUUAUGAAUUUAAAAAAUCAGCCGGGUGCGAAUCCGCUUGGGUGCAAAUGACAAAAAUUGGGCUGUAAAGAAAGUUUCUGCAUGUUUUUUAAAAAUCUGUUUUAAGCGUUUUAUUUGGAAUGGACUUGGCUAUUUUGUGAUGAAAUUUUAAAAAAUUACAGUAAGAAUUACAGUAGUUAUGAAUAAAACCAAUCAGCCAGGUUCGAGUCUGCGUGUUUGCAAAUAACAAGAAUUCAAAAGAAAGUUUUUACAUGAAAUUUUUUUAAAUUUGAAAACUUCAGUAACUUUAAUUUCGAAUAUUGUAAAAUGACAACAUUUUUCAAGGCAAUAUAGGUACUAUAUCAUACCAUUUUCAGCGAAAGAAUGCGUCGAGGAGUGCAAAUCCUUCGCAAGAACGAUGGUGAUGUUUGGCUAAUCAUUAUGACCGGGCCAGUCUUCAUCCAAAGCACCUAUUUGGACAAUCAAACCCAGAGAAUUGUACAAAAUUGGCCUCAUGAGUUCAAUGUUGGGACCGUUAUUAAAGUGUUCGACCUGAACGAUUACCAUGAAAGGGUGCACAGAUGGGCCGAAACCCAACGUGCUGAAGACGCUGGAGGCGUGAACCGCUACAAAGGACCGGGAUCGGAUUCGGAGGAGGAGGAGUUUCAUAUGGUAGGUUUUUUGAUUAGAGUGGGGGAGGGGAUAAAGAUUUUUGGGAUGGGGCAUAUUGUUGUAGUUAAACUUUAGGUGCAGUAUAAAAAAAAUAUUUUAGGUAACAAAAAAGUUUGAAAAAAGGUUAAAAAUGAUAAAAAUUUUAAGCAAAAAUACGUUUUUGGUCAUAAUGAUCGACUUUUAACUUAAAGGUCUACUUGCAACAGAAUGACAAAGAUCAGGUUAAAUUCUAAAUUUUUGGCGGGAAAAUGAAAAUACAAAAAAUGAAAUAAAAAAAUUAUAAUUACUAGUUUGAAAAGUACUCUAAAAAGUCAUUUUCAACUAAACGUGUUUCUAUUUUUUGAUUAAAAACAUCACUUGCAACACAAUGCCAAAAAAUCAGGGUACUCGCGAAAAAAAGGCUUAAAAAGCAGAUUUUUAGGUAAAAAUGUAACAUUGUGAUAUUGAAAUUGAAUCCUUUAUGACUAUUCUGCCUAUUUUUACAUAAAAACGCUUUUGAAACGGAAUGCCAAAGAAUAAGGGUCAAUUUUAAAUUUUGGCGGGAAAUUGAAAAUUCAAAAAAUAAAUUAUAGAAAAUAAAAAAUAUACAAGUUAAAGAUGAAAAAGGGCAGCUCAUAGUAAAAAAAUCAUUUUCAGAAUCACCGACCACUGGACAUUGAAAAACUACGCGACUGGUACACUAUCAAGAUCUCAUUCUUCUAUGGCUUUGGCUUUCCCUAUUUUAAGCGAAAAGCGGUCCAGGACUGUCCCAGCUGGAUAGAGUUUCAACCUCAGCCGUAAGUUUUCUUUACAGAACUUAAAAUGGCAAAAACUUUCUUUACAUAGCAAAAAAUGGCAAGAAUUUUCUUUACAGAACAUAAAAUGGCAAAAACUUUCUUUACAGAGCAUAAAAUGGCAAAAACUUUCUUUACAGAAUUUAAAAUGGCAAAAACUUUCUUUACAACUCAAAAUUCAAAAUCACAAUUUUAAAAAAAUUAAAUUCCAGAGCUGCUGACAUUCUGGACGAAGUGCUACGCGACCACGAUGACUACAUUCAGCAACAGGAGGUCAACAACCCCUAUGGUGAAUACUUCUCUGACUCCCCAGCCAAUUCCUUGUUCUCUGAUGAAGAAGGCGAUGGAAACCAACCUUCAGUAUCAGGACUGCCUCUCAAAGACUUGUAG